GCCCUUUUUGCCUCGCCUCGCCUCGCCUUUUGCUUCGACGGCCGACUCUAUUGGCUCAGCCUCACCGAAAAAAAGAAGCCGUUUUUAGAAUUCGGCGCAUUCUUUGAUUUCUUUGUUUGCGUGCCCUCGGAGGAUUGCAGCAAUUACGACGACGGACAUCCCACGACGAGCGACGACCAUCUCUCUGACAAGCACAAGCACGAGAACGAGCGCAAAGCCGAAUCCCACUGCUGAUUCUCCUUGAGCGCCGAAUUGUGACGAGAUACCUAACCGUCGGUCGAUUGCGCAAUAUUCCACCGGAGACUUUGGAUUUGAUACCCUCACCACUGCGCACCUCGUGACAUCCUUCUUCCCUCGCGGAAUUUGCCGCCCUCUCGUUCUACAGCCGUCAUCUUCCUAAGAAUCAAGCGCCUGCUCCUUUUCCAUUCAGUACAGUCUCUGUUUAAUCGGCCUAGGAAAAAUAUGGGCAAAUCGCAGUCAAAGCUCUCGCAGGAGCAGCUCGCCGAGCUCCAGAAGUCGACUCAUUUUGAUAAGAAGGAGCUUCAGCAAUGGUACAAAGGUUUCCUGAAGGACUGCCCGUCGGGCAUGCUCUCCAAAGAGGAGUUUCAGAAGAUCUACCGACAAUUUUUCCCGUUUGGAGACCCGAGUUCAUUCGCAGAUCAUGUAUUCAACGUGUUUGACAGCGACAAGUCUGGUAGUAUCGACUUCAAGGAAUUCAUCUGUGCGCUGAGUGUUACCAGUCGGGGUAAGAUGGAAGACAAGCUGGAUUGGGCGUUCCAGUUGUAUGAUAUCGAUGGCGACGGCAAGAUAAGUUACGAUGAGAUGCUCCAGAUCGUCGAGGCAAUCUACAAAAUGGUUGGCUCCAUGGUCAAGCUUCCCGAGGACGAAGAUACGCCCGAGAAGCGGGUUCGAAAAAUCUUCCGCAUGAUGGACAAGGAUGAAAACGGCAGCCUGGACAUGGAAGAGUUCAAAGAGGGAAGCAAACGAGACGAGACGAUUGUUUCGGCAUUGUCUUUAUACGACGGGCUUGUGUAGAUUGUUCAACGUUGCUUUGGUUUCUUCUGUUGAUGGUUCCUUUUUAUUUUAUUUUUAUGUUUCUCCUUUCUCGCUGGUGGUCCGGGCGACUGGUACUUAUAUGAAGGAAGCUCUGCUAUGUAUUGUUUUGCACCUAAGAAUAGCUUCUUACUUUUUUCUUCCCCUUAUAUAGUUUCCUCUUUCCGAUAGUCCUACUUUUCCUGAUGACGAUUGGAGUGGGGGACAGGAUAGUCUGUAUCAUGCUCUUCUAUGUGCAAAAGAGAGGACCGAAGGUGAAAUUAUGGCUGUUGGGUAUUAUUUGUUUGACUCUUAUAUGACGAAAAUUGCAUAUGAUGUCUUGUUUGGCCGUCUGUAAUGGUUUGUUCUCAUAGCCUGCGAAGUUGCUUAUAUAUAACAGCUCUUG